CAGGAUCCCAGCUGCAAAGGAUGGGGACUCCAGGGUCCUGAGACUGCAGAAACCACCUAGCAGAGGCAUUUGGCCAUCGUUCAAGCCAAUGUUUUUUGGUUCUCAGAGUCAUGAAGCUGCUUCUGCACUACUUUUUUGCUGCUCUAGUCGCUACAGGAGACUCCCUGAUUUGUAACUGUACUCUAAGUCCAGGCUGCAAUGCUGAUGGUAUCUGUUCAGUUCCGACAGGUGUCUGCGUGGCUUUGGCCCAAGAGGAUAAUAUGGGAGGGGUUGAAAUCUCAGAAGUGUACAAAGCCUGCCAGGAUGACUCUCAAUUUUGCAAUGCAGUGAACUCUGUGAGUGCGACUAAAGGCAUUUAUUCAAGGACCAAUAUGUUAUGCUGCAACAAAGACAUGUGCAAUGCUGCUCCCAUUGCUGUACCACCUAAGAACCUCACCGAGAACGGAGUGAGUUGCCCCGCCUGUUUUGCAAUUGGCUCUGAUAGCUGUGAGCAGAGUGAGACUCUGCGUUGCACAGGAGAUGACAAUCACUGCAUCACUGUGGCUGGGAGUCUGAGUAGAGGAGGUGCCCCUUCCUCCACCUUUGCAAUAUCAGGCUGCAGUUCGACCAGUGUCUGCUCUAUGACUGUGGAUAUGGAAUUUUCCAUGGGAGACUCGACCUUCAUCCUCAAGAGCAACACGUGCAACCCAGCUCCAAACCCCAGCAGUGGCUGAUGGAGCCAGUGGAAGCAAUUUCCUUCUUUUUGCAGGUUUAGGGUGAUUUUUUUGGUCAUGUCCUGCUGUCAGUCCUUUAAAUAACGUAGAAUGAAAAAAACACACACCCCAUAUACACACACACACACUUUAUGCUCUUUAAAGUUAGGCAGGCCCAAUGCAGAUUUUAUAUUGUACCAUCUCAUCUGUUACUA